AUGGCCGCGCCGAUGACUCGGUCACAAGCCAAGCUCAAGACGAAGCCACCGAUCCGGACCGACAAGACUGCCGACGACUGGUGGGUCAGCCGCAUCCGGCCGUACAUGGAACGGGGCAAACCGACUGAUGAAAACAAGGUCGCUACGUGCAAGGCUCUGCUGUCUACAAGCGCCAAGGUUGCUACACGUGGACUAGUGUCGAGGCUGUGUGCAACGCCUAGCACCUGCUCGCGACAACUCAACCUCACGGUGAACUGCGCCUGGGGCAAUGCAGCCCAGGACUCGGACGGAGGUGCGCUGACAACUGCCGAUGACUCAAAGCGCCUGAAGCAGGAUCUACGCUGGGAACUUGCUGAAGCCUAUGCGCAAGGAGCUACCGCAGUCUACGGCCUCACCAAGCUCGUCCAGGUCAUCACGCAUCAUGAUGCUGAUCAUCAGUCUGACGAAAGCGAUGAUGCCACCGCUGCUCAACUCAACAAAGGUCGUGGAACGGCGGUGAAGGCGGACAAUAUGUCGGCACUAUACCGAACGACGUCGAAGACACUAUGCGGCGGUCGCCAACCCGGCCCCGACGGCUCGGUGCGAACCCGAGUUAUGGAACCAGCAGGUCAACUGACUUUACGAGAAACAACCAAGAAGAAGAAGAUGAAGAAGAAGAAGAAGAAGAAGAAGCUGAUGAAGAAGAAGAUGGCGACAGGAUCUCAAUCCGCGGUACCAGCAACUCCGAUGAAGUCCGGCGGAACGCGCGGCGACGACUCGACGGCGGUCUUGAUCACACCGCAGCCCGACCCGAUUGCUGAGCGCAACGUCAGCUUCGACGAGCCGAUGACUGGAUCCGACGCCAAAGAUGAAGAGAUGGAUGAAGAAUACGACGACUACCUGGAGGAGAAGGCGCCUACGCCAGCGGUGGUGACACCCGAGACUCCGGAAGAUGCAGGGAUGUCCGCGGGGCGCAGCGGGGGCUCGCGCUCCCUGGCGCGCAGUCUCGCGAGCAAGUUGGAAGACGACGCGCCUCCCGUCUCGCGCAACCUCGCGGACGAACUGGACGAUGUGGACGGCCCUGAGCCAGCGUAUGAUGACAUGGAAGCGUUUGAAGACCGCGCCGACGACUCACGAUCGCCGGUGCUGACGACUCAAGUGACCGAGCAAACCUCGGGCAACCGGCCGCCGAUGAAUGGAGACACUCCGGCAGCCAACAAGCCGCGCAUGAUCCGCCAAGCGGUGUGGGCUGACCUGAGCCACGAGUUGGCACGACCAGUGAAUGCGGUCACAGUUGAGCAAGUGGCGAAGGACACGGUGACGUUCCUGAAGGCGUUGGGUCUCCGGCCCACGCUUGCCCCGUCGCCGUCGACUCUGGAGAGUUUCCUGCCCGCGGAAGCCGGAGCCGAGCUCUGCCAAUGGAAGAAAAAGUUGUGUACAGCCUUCGGGGUGGCCCCCUUCUCUUUGGAACAGCCGAAGGCGGCUCGCACCAACAAAGGCGGCGCUGACCCAGCGCGCGUCUUGCUCCCGCGAACUCCGAAGAAGACCGAGCGCAGUAACUCAGCCCAGGCUGCGACUAGAGGAGUGUUCAGUGCGUCGGGCGAGCGAUCGCCGUACUUUCAAGACUCCCACAUGGUCACUCCACCCGCGACGACUCGUACUGACCGAGUUGCGCGUGGUGCCGAAGACUCGAAAGUGACCAGGAGCAGUCUACGAAGCACCGGACGACGCUCAAGUCGCAAGUCCCGCUACGCCGACGACUCAUCUGAUGACCACGAUGACUUCACGGGAGACGGAGGUGCGCAAAUGGACGAAUAUCUGCGACAGAUCCGGGAGGUGAGCGACGCAGAGACCGUGAACCCGACGCCGAGGCUCGAGGUAGCGAUGCACCGACCACUUGGGCAGAUCCCGACGUUCUCGGGCGCUCGCAACAGGAGCGAGAACUCGAUGCAGUGGCUGCGCGCUUUUGUGUACGAGAUGAAAGGUACACACGCGCCGCCCAAUGAAUGGUGCAUGCCCUUCGAGCUCCGCCUGAGAGACGGCGCGGUACACUGGCACCGACAAUUGACCAAGAAGACCAAGCGAACCUGGACUCUGCUGAGCGAAGCCUUCAUCCGCUACUACUGCUCCCAGUUCAACCAGUCAGCGGAAACCCGAUACUACUCUGCCAAGCGCGACGACAAGAAGCACCUCUGCGACUACCUGAACCGACUCAACGGCUACGCCUGCAACGCAGGCGUCCAGUUCGAGAACGGCGGCCGCAAGGCGAAGGACCACGUCAAGCGCUUCCUGGGGACUUGCGGCGACCAGUUCGCGCGAGUCUUCGCAGUCGCGAUCCAAGGCUCGGGAACCGUCCCGCCGACGUGA